AUGCUCCUGAUUGAUGGUUCUGAAGCCAAACUUCAGGGGCUCUUCGAGUGUCUGUCAGCUCCGGCGUUGCCGUCUCCCAGGAUUGCUUUCAAUUUGUAUCGUCCUACAGCAGGCUGGAAACUCGUCUGCUUCCUGUUGUCCGGGAGUUUAAUGCGGACCUCAGAGCAGCAGCAGAUUAGCGGCAUGCAUAAAGAAAAAGGUACUCAGGGACUGAAAGUGUCUUGGCUUUUUAAUCCAACAAGAAGUGAAAUAACAAGUCUAGAUAGUGGAAAUAUAGAUGACAUUUUAAACAAUGCAGAUGUUGCUUUAGUUAAUUUUUAUGCUGAUUGGUGCCGCUUCAGCCAAAUGCUACAUCCUAUUUUUGAGGAAGCUUCUAAUGUAAUUAAGGAAGAGUAUCCAGAUAAGAAUCAAGUGGUGUUUGCCAGAGUAGACUGUGAUCAGCAUUCGGAUAUAGCUCAGAGAUACAGGAUAAGCAAAUACCCAACUCUGAAACUCUUCCGGAAUGGGAUGAUGAUGAAGAGAGAAUACAGGGGCCAGAGAUCUGUGACAGCAAUAGCAGAUUACAUCAGGCAGCAAAAGAGUAACCCUGUUCGGGAGGUCCAGGAUUUAGAAGAAAUUAAUUCUGUUGAUCGCAGCAGAAGAAAUAUUAUUGGAUACUUUGAGCAAAAGGACUCUGACAAUUACAGAACCUUUGAAAGAGUAGCGAAUAUUUUGCAUGAUGAUUGUGUAUUCCUGUCUGCCUUUGGGUAA